AUGGCCGACGACCACGAUAAUCACUCAACCGGAUCCCAUCCUAUUGUGCGCUCUGAUUCUUCGGCCUCGACUGCCCCUUCUGAUCACAACGACCCCAUCAUCCAUCAGCCCAUCCCAACCCGGCCGCGCUUACCAAGCCGUAAGAGCAGUGGGCCGCUCGUUGUCCCUCGUGACAGCUCAGAAGUUGGCCCUGUUGAGUCGCAUUUUGGGCCCGACGAUGUCAGAGCCAUGAGCCCCCGCCGAACCAGCGAAGAUAUUGACAAGCUUGGCAAGGAAGCUCGCGAAGAGUUGCGCCGGCAUGCCAAAGCUCUUCAGGAGUCGCUCAUCGAUAUUUUCAACCGUAUAGAGGCCGUCCGCGAGGAGCACGACAAGCUCGACAGUAACAACAAGUUCUUGCAGAAAUAUAUUGGUGACUUAAUGAGCACCAGCAAGAUUACCGCCUCGACCAGUCGAGCCAAGAAAUAG